AUGGCUGAUCUUGAGAAGGACGACAAGCUCGGCGGAUCGCAAUACCAAGUACCGUACGAGUCGGAGAAGGUCGCUGAGGGAAAUUCUCUGGACCCUCAUGCUGGAGAGCUGGGUGGAUGUGAAGGCAAUACCUACCAUCCCGGAGAAAAUCAUGUCAAGAGGCAAUUGAAGCAGCGACAUAUGGCGAUGAUCGCACUUGGAGGUGCCAUCGGUACUGGUCUUUUUGUUGGAUCUGGGAGUGCUUUGGCUUCAGGAGGUCCGGUCGGUCUCUGGAUUGGUUACAUUCUGAUGGGGACUAUGGUUUACGCGAUGAUGGUGGCUCUGGGGGAGAUGGCUGGCGAGUUCUCUCUGUUCCCUGUUGCUGGAGGGUUCGUACAUUACGCUAGUCGCUUCUGUGACGAGUCGCUUGGGUUUGCCACAGGUAUCAACUAUUGGUACAGUUAUGCCAUCACCAUUCCCACCGAGAUUAUUGCUGCGCAGAUUGUCAUUACUUAUUGGGACAGCAACACGCACGCUGCUGUUUACAUCACUGUCUGUCUUGUCUCCAUUUGGUUCAUCAAUUUUCUGGGUGCUAGGGCGUAUGGCGAGGCUGAAUUUUGGUUCUGUACAAUCAAAAUCAUUGCCAUUGUCGGCUUGAUCAUUCUUGGUAUCAUACUUAUGUGUGGUGGUGGUCCCAACCAUGACGCCAUCGGUUUCCGAUACUGGCGCAACCCCGGACCUUUCGCCCAGAUGACCAUCAAUGGCGGUGACGAUGUCAUCGAGGGAACCUGGGGCCGUUUCCUUGCGUUCUGGAAUGUCUUUGUUCAGGCUGCCUUCUCUUUCAUCGGUACUGAAAUCAUUGCCACUACCCUCGGCGAAGCCGAGAACCCUAGGAAGACCGUUCCCAGGGCUAUCAAGCGAGUCUUCUUCCGAAUCCUCUUCUUUUACGUUGGCGGUAUCUUUGUCAUCUCUGUCCUCGUCCCCUACACCGAACCCAACCUUCUCAACGGUUCUGGUACCGCCGCUGCUUCUCCUUUCGUUAUUGCCAUUGAGAACGCAGGUAUCAAAGCACUUCCCUCCAUCGUUAACGCCGUGCUGCUCAUCUCUGCGUGGUCUGCGGGCAACUCAGACAUGUAUGCUGCCUCGCGUACCUUUUACGCGCUGGCGCUUGAUGGACAGCUGCCGCGGAUCUUCAGGAGGUGUACGAAGAGCGGUCUGCCCAUCUGGUCGUUGGUCAUCACCGGUGCUUUCGGUCUUUUGGCGUACAUGAAUACUGGUGGAGAAACCGCAGAGGAGGCUUUCAACUGGCUUUACAACCUUUCUACCAUCACUGCCAUCGUGACCUGGUGGACUAUAUUAUUGUCGUACCUUCGGUUCUACUAUGGUCUCAAGGUGCAGGGCAUCAGCCGUGAAGAUUUCCCAUACAAGGCUCCCCUGCAGCCAUACCUCUCCUGGAUUAGCUUUGUCUUCUUCACCGCUGUAAUUCUUUUCAACGGCUUCACAGUAUUCCUCACCGGUAAUUGGGAUACCGGAGACUUCAUCGCCGCCUACAUCACUCUCCCAAUUUUUGCUGUAUGCUGGGUCGGGUGGAAGUGCUGGAAGAAGACCAAGUGGAUCCCUCUGGCCGAGAUCGACUUUGAAACUGGCAGAAGGGAAUUUGACGAGUUGGAGGUCACCGACAGGGAAAAGUACAUGGCGCAGAACAAGUUUGAGAAAAUCAUGGACUUCAUCUUCUGA